AUGCUCACCCCACAAGCACUGCCUCGCCUCCCCACCACCUCCACCAAAUCCAUCUCAGGCUCUCGCACCAAUGCGCUGAAGAAGAGCAAACAACGGCACGACUACAAACUGCCAUCCCUAUCCCCCAACCAGAAGCUCUCGCCUCCCCCCAAAAUGCCCCCGAUGUGCAAGCCAGAGCGCUGGACGUAUAUGUUCUCGAAGAGUCUACCGAAAAGUCGCAAUAAAUUGCAUCUACCGCCGCUGGAAACAGUCUCCAUGGAGAAGACGGGAAGGAAGAAUUCACGGGAGAAGGAGAUGAAGAUCCUGCCGAAACUGGAAAAGUAG